UGCCUCCGACUAUUUUGACACUCAAGGACCUAAUUUCUCGCAUGAGCCGCCAUAGCGCACCGAAUUCACUAACAGUGCUGGCAGCAUUGCCGAUUGCAUAGCACAUGCCAAACCACCGCCGAAUGUCGAAUGGCUGGACAAGGACAAUAAUCCCAUCACUUCGAUAUCAAAUUUUCUUUACAUGUUUCAUCCAAAGUUGGAGAACGUCACAAAUAAGAACAGAUAUUCCAGUCUUGGUUGUGAAUCAACGCUACGAACCGGAAGUGCAAAAUCCAGGAGGUUUUAUUGGUAGCAAUGUGUUAAUUAAAUGUAAUAUACCGUCGUUUGUUAAGGAGUAUGUGGCGGUGACAUCAUGGCUGCAGGAACCGAAUUUCAAUAUAUAUCCAUCGCUAGAAGAAGAUGGCGUCAGAUUGCCAAUGAAUAUACGAAAAACGUGUUGAGAACGGCUCCCUACUUAUCGAGAAUGUGCAACGCACCGCCGGUGAGCGAACCUACACUUGCAUUGCCCGCAACAAGCACAACUACACGGCGCAACAAACGGUGGAGGUGAAAGUUUUAUGUGAGUUAAAGUUGAGGUUGCAGUUGAUGCGGCGAAAUUUUCGUUGAUAACGUUGGCAGCAAUAUUUCAAUUUGUUGCUCAUUUUGGAUGGCUGCAAAUUCGGAAAUUUCACCAGACUAAUUUCAAUUUGUCUGAAGGAGUUAAUGAAAAACUGCAAAAUGAUGAAAUAUUUGCGCUUAGAUCCUUAUAAGUUUUAGUAAAUUUUAAAAGUUGUAUGUAGAACAAUUCAAAAUAAGCUACGAAAAAUCACAAUAAAACUCGCAAGUGGUAAACACCGCUAAAUAUACUCGGAGAGUGAUGGCAAGUGGUUACGAAACUUAGAAGACGUUAA